CAAGUAGCAAGUGCAACAGUUGACAGUUUCCUAGUCCACUCGCCAGUUUCUCAUUCGAAAUUCUGGCUAAAAGUAAUUCGAAACACAUUCCAGUGAUAUUUUAAAAUACGACACUGAGACGGCAACCCGCGCAUUAAUCCCGACGACAUUCAGAGCGACCAUCAUGAAGCCAGACAUCCUAGCGCUCUGCAUCCUGGCAACCGCGAUCCUGGGCAGUGGGACGCGUCACGUAGCCGGUUUCCUGGCCCCCCAGCCACCCACAAACAACAGGGAGACGGACACGGCAGUCGGGCUUCUCAAAGGACAAAACGAAUUCCAAGGCGUUGCAUCUGCGCCACAUCGUCUGCAUCUUCCAAUCUUUGGGGUGGUGGCACAGCAUGCAGCGCGCCAUGGUCCACCCUCGCCGGAUGUCCAGGAGGCACAGGAACGCGCUGUUUACGAUCCCGGCGAUGAAUUACUCCGCGCCUUAAAUGUCGAGCAGCAGAAGGAACAGCAAGAGCAGGAGCAGCGAGAACAGGAACUUGGACUGGCUGGUAUUCCACCUGCGGGGCCAGACUAUGCGGAUCCUGUCUUAAGCGAACUGGAAUUGGCCAGCAAGUUUGAGGUCCUUAAGAAGCUGGAAGAGGAUUUCCGGGCCGAGCAGGAACUGGUGGAUAAAUCGGCUUUGCUCAUGAAAAUGCUAGAGGACCCCUCUUUAGAAACUCUUCCUCUAGUUUAUGUUGAGGAAGAGGAACCGGAAGUCCUAAUGCCUUCCGGUGGAAAUGACGACUACUCUGAUAUAGAUAAUGCCGUUCAAGAAUUGGUUUUGGGUCAAAACAAGCCCAAACGUUCUCGCUAUUACCGCAGAUAUCCUUGGAAGCGUCACAACAAGAACCGAGGUUCUUACAUGAAUUCUAUCAACAGCAACUAUGAACCGGAAUUACGAUACGCAUGUACGCCGAGUAAGGAGGAUAUAUUCAAGCUCCUGGUCAAUCUCCACGAGAACCGUAAAGGGAAUCAUAGCAAGACCGUGAACUUCUGCAAUCGAAAGCGUCCCGCCAAGGCGGUCUUCACCAAUAUCCGAUUUUUGGGCUAAACUGAAAGGACAUGAACGAAUAGACAUUUACACAAAAAAUACACUAAAACAAAACAACUGACACAAGACACAUAUGUAUACCAAGCAUCAAUUGUACAUUUGCUGACCAAGUCGAGCGCAAAACUGGAGAACAACAAGCACUAACAAUUAGCCUAACUAACUAACUAACUAAAAACUAACUUACUAACUACCCAACUAAACAAACUACUUAUGAUAAUCUUGUAGAAAGUAUGAUAACCCCCUUGUGUGGCAAUUAGAAUACCCCCAUUCUUGGCCCGCCCUUAAUUUUAAUUGUAGACGAUUAAAACUUUUAUAGCUCUCAAUGUGUUGUAUAUACAAACUAAAAAUAAAUAAAGUUCUCUUUGUUAGACUCUUUUUUGUUGUUGUCGCACCUGCUAAUCCAAAUGUUAAUUACCACAAAAAAAAUAACUUUAAAACAAAAAACGUUGCCAUAUCAUAAAAAGAAAGUCUCGUAACAUCUAUCGAUCCAUGGCAUUAUUAUUAUUAAAAUAUAAUAAGAGGAAGGCCAAAUAUAAAUGCUACUUCAAUGUGUAUAUACGAGAAUAUUGAUGUGUAUUCAUAUAUGUAUGAAUUAUCUAUUUACUAAACCAAAUAUAUGUUUAAUAUAAAGUCGGGAAAUAUAUAUAUUUCAAAAUAAACUUAUAAAAUACCAUUAUUCGUGUGCAAUUAAA